ACAUAUCCUAUCUAAUUUGUGUUUUGAUAUUUUUCGAACGCGAACACAAACAGAAGGGAGUGACGUCAGGGUGUGAGUCAAUGGCUGGUCACGUCAGCGGCGUUGUUGCAGAGUCACUGCGGUUCGACUGUAAACAAGGUGGAGGAGUCGCCAUUAAAAAGGCUAAAUUACGCCUAAACUUCUGCGCUGUUGACCGCUGCUGUAACUCGGACUUUGGACUCCGUCGUGAGCAGCUUUGAGACACGAGUGAAAACCACCCGCGCGCAGUCUUUUAAUAAAAGCACAGUUCGUGUUUUUCGCACAGAGCUAACGUUAGCCCUUCACGUCUUUUUUAGCUUGUUAGCUGUCGCUAGCUAGCCUCGCUGGCUAAUCAACAUCCAGAGAGGCCUGUUGCCAGGGAAACACCCUUUAUACCCACCGGGUAUAUUUCUCUCUUCACUGCGACCAGGCUACCCUAAGCCCUGGGUGGCUGGUCAGAGCGGCCUCCUCCCACCAUGGAGGCAGGAGGGAAGGACUGCGAGGAGGAAACGCUGCAGACGGCGUUUAAGAAGCUGAGGGUCGAUGCUGAGAGUUUACCCGGAGCGGGGAGUGUGUCGGAGGCGCUGGCUCCCAGAGCGGCGUCACGCGCCUGUCUCGACGCCAGCGGAGCAAAGCCCAAACUCGGCUGCCCAAAGGACAACUGGCACGGCUGCAUGAGGAAAACGUCCCGAGGAGCGUCCAGAACACAGCGACGCCGGCGCUCCAAGUCGCCCAUUCUGCACCCUCCCAAGUUUACCUACUGCAGCGCUGCCGCCGCCGCUGCCUCGGCGCUGUCGCCUCCGAGCGGCUGCCUGAAGCACCAGCGCCUGGCUGUCCCCGAGGGGGCGGAGCCUGGUCCCGCCUGCGACGUUGCCAACCCUGCCCAGAAAGAGCUCUCUCCUUCGGCCACCCCUGGCCACAUCUCCCCGCUGGUCUUUGGAUCCUGCGCCGAGUACGAGACGUGCGUCGGCGCCGCGGUUUCCCCGCGGCCGCCCCUAAAGAAGAUCCCCGCCGCCGUCUCUGCUGUCGCGACAUCACCCGGAGAAACAUCUCCGGAGAGUCGAGCGAGGAGAGCGGUUCGGAAAGAAGUGCCUGCGAGGAGGCAGAAGCACCGCAGAUGUCCCGCCCCGCGGACGCCGACUUCCGCGCUUUAUCGGAGCUCCACAGCCGUGGCGGCGCCGGCUCCGCAGAAAUCCCCCACCCCCUGCUCCUGCGCGUGGCAGAACAGCUCGGCCCCCCCGGAGGAAAGCCGGCAGGCGGCUGAGUCUCCGUCUCAGUGCCGGUGUCGGCCGCUUCGUCCCAGCUGGAGCGGCGUGGAGGUGUACUCCUUCACGGGGCUCCGCAACGUCACGUUAGAGUGCGAGGGGAGCCUGGCGAGCAGUGACGGCGACGCCAGAACUCUCAGCGCCAACGGCAACGCUUCGUCGUCAUCGCCGUCGUCGGGCUCGGCGCGCUCGUGUUCGGAGCAGGCGCGCACCUACGUGGACGACAUCACGAUAGAGGACCUUUCUGGCUACAUGGAGUAUUAUCUCUACAUCCCCAAGAAGAUGUCACACAUGGCCGAGAUGAUGUACACUUAAGGGGAACAAAAAGAAAAGAUAAUUAUAACAUCAUAAUAAAUAAAUAUAAAGGUAAAGAGGUUUUCUGUUGUUGAGGGAAAAGAAGGAAUGUCAGUAGAGUUUAGAAGAACGGAUCAGACAUGAGAGUUGAGAUUUAAAUUAAAUAUACAACGUUGACUGAUGUUUAAACCCAGGAUGAAAUCUUUCCGUUGUCCCCCCCUCCCCCUCUCUCAUUUUCAUUUCAUUAUAAUUGAGUCCCAUCUAUUUCUCAUUCGUUUUGACUUUUGCCUUUUUUUUUGUGCUCCGUUGUUUAAAUGCCAGCCGAAGGUGCCAAAUCUCUCAGUGCAGACGGAGAUGAUAGCAGGAAUAUGAAACUUGUAACGGUGAGUGUUUGUGGUGUCGUGAGCUGUAAACGUCACCUGUCGGGAUUUACUUUCUCUCAAUAAACAAGAAAACUGGUUUUGUUGGAAAAUGCA